AUGAGCAGCGUCACCCAUAAACUCCGCCAGAGGCGGUCCAUGAUGCGCCUUCUUAAUCAAGAUCGCUCGAUUCUCGAGUACACUUUCGAACCAAAUGUCUUCAUCGUCCCCCAGUGGAUCCUAGCGCCCCCCGAGGUGCGUCAUGCCUUGAACACCCUCCAGUACAAAGCCAUGGUAGCCAUCUAUGACAUGAAGAGCCUCAUGCUCAUCCGUGACAACCGAUACUUCCAGUUAUGCCCCCAAAACACGGGCUCCGUGAUCCACCAGCUUCAUCAAUCCUCCAUAAAUCGUCUCCUCGAAUGGAAAGAGGAUUGGACCUUCAUCGACCCGACCCUUGCAAGCGCCGCAAAAAUCCCCCGUGACUCUCUCCACUUCUGCGUCGACUCGAUUGCCUACGGAAAGUUUACCUGCGAAUAUACCCGUAAGAUUGACGAGUUUAUGUCUGGUUCUUUCCAGAGCUGGCGCCAGCUCCGCGCUGAGAUCGGACACCUUGCCUAUCGUCUCAUGAGCGACAACCCACAUGGCUACGAGGAAUGGCGGGUCUGGUGGGAGGGUAAAUUUGCUGAUGAUAUGUGGAAAUGGGAGGUUUGCCUCGAGGGCCUGAUCUUGCCUACCUGGGAGGAGAUCAUCGACGAUGUUUACCUGAUGAUCCACGAUCGAGUCGAGGAUGCCCAAGACCUGGCCAACUCAUUCUACAUCAGCAGCCCGGUGUUGACGUUGUCGACUUGA